AUGGCCCAAAACGAAAACCUCAACAAGGAGGCGUUGCAGGACACCCGGUUCCACCUGGACUCCCACGACUUGAAGAGAGCUUCGACUAAUGAGUCUACUCACAGUGAGCAGUCUAGUCUUGCUGAAAAGUCUUUUGGUGUUCGCCGUUCAGAGCUCGUCAUGAGCCAGUUGGACACCUGGUGGCUCAAGGGUCUUUUCUUUUUCAGCAUCUUCAUCGGCAUGUACAUUGCCCUGAUGGAGAGUAACGCAGUCAGAGUGUUCACCAGUUAUGCCACUGACUCUUACGCUCAGCACUCGCUUAUGUCGACUAUCGGUAUCAUCAGAGGCGUGGUGGCUGCCGCUUCGUUGCCUUUCUAUGCUAGAAUGUCUGACACUUUUGGCAGAUUCGAGUUGUUCAUCGUGGCCAUCGUUUUCAGAAUCGUGGGUAUCAUCAUCCAGUCUCAGGCCACAGAUGUGCAGAAGUACGCAGCAGGCGUGGUCUUGUACGGCUUUGGCGUCGCUGGUAUGCGUAUUUUGUGGCAGAUCAACUUGUCGGAUGCCUCCUCUUUGAAAUGGAGACUCGCUGCUAUCGGUGUGCUCAGUAUGACGUCCAUCAUCACCACCUGGUCCAGUGGUGAAGUCGUGGACUCGCUUUUGAAGAACCACGACUGGAAAUUCGGUAUUGCCAUGUGGGCCUUCACCACGCCCCUUGUGUGUUUGCCCUACAUGUUGUUUUUGCUCGGCUUGCUGUUCAAAGCGUCCAAAACUGAUGCAUGGAAGCAAAUCAAGAGUGAGCAGAGAGAGGAUUUCAACGCCAAGCAUGCCGACGCAAAGAGAUACGAUGACGAGAUCAAGGCCAGCACAACCUUCAGUGGCAGGGCCUGGGGCCACAUUAAGUACUCUGGUGUCCGCACUGUGGAAGCCUUGUACGACAUCUUCUGGAGAGUUGAUUUCAUUGGAUGCCUUUUGAUUGCCGUGAUUUUCGGACUUAUCCUUGUUCCGUUGACGUUGGCAGGCGGCACAUCGCUCAGUGGAAAUGGCGAGAAAUGGCGGAGAGCUUCCACAAUCGUGCCUUUGGUGAUCGGCUUCUGCGCCAUUCCUCUUUUCGUGGUUUGGGAAAUCAAAAUCACCAAGAACCCCAUGCUUCCUUUCAGAGUGAUGAAAAACAGAGGUGUUUGGGCCGGUUUCUUGGUGGGUGUGUUCAGCACCUUGAUCACAAGUAUGCCCAAUGGAUACUCAUACCCUGUGUUGUUUGUCGGUAUGAACGCUUCAGAAACCGUUGCCACUCGUACAGGCCAGUUGAACAGUUUCGUUGAGGGUAUCGCAAUGCCAAUUCUCGGAUACGUCUUGUCCAGAGUCAGGAGAACAAAGAUGUUCGUGAUUUUCGGUAACUGUGUCAUGUUCAUUGCCAUGGGCCUUUUUGUCCACUUCAGAGGAUCCAACGACGGCUACAGAGCCAAAUACUUCCGUGACGGUGUGGCCAUCAGUAUGUGUAUCAUGGGUUUUGCCUCGGUCUUCUUCAACAGAGUCGUCUCUGUGUCUGUUCAGGCUUGUACGAACCACGAGUACAUGGCUACGGUCACGGCACUUUUUGCAGCUUUCUACCAGAUUGGUGCCGCCAUUGGAAGUGCUAUUUCGGGCGCCAUCUGGACCCAGGACAUGUACGAAACCAUCUACAACCACAUGGCGGCAUUGGGUGUGGACACCUCGUUGGCCAAACCUGCCUAUCAAUCGCCUUACAAAUUCAUCAAGGAGUACACCUGGGGAACCGAUCCCAGAAGAGCCGUCAGCAUGGCGUACGCUGAGGUCCAGAAAAAGCUUUCCAUCACGGGUCUUUGUCUCUGUGUGCCCAUGCUUGUGUGGGUGCUUUUGUUGAGAGACCACAGAUUAGUCGAUUCGCAGAACUUGGACGACGAGGCCUUGCUUGACGAAGGUAAGGACACUUCCAGAGCCGCCGAGCGGGCCAAGUCCAAGGUGACCUUCACCGACGACAAGGACAUUAUUCUUGACUCGGUCAAGCGGAUUUUUGGAAGAAAGUAA